UAAAGAUGAACGAAAUUAGUCGUUUUUGUCUGUGCAAGCAGCAAGAGAUAAACUGAAGUUGAAAAGACAACUGAUGCAUUUUAAAAGGGUAGCGAUGAAGCAAAAACCUGCAAUUACCCACGAAACAACCACUGCCUCCCAAAGCAGCAAUACUCAGUGGCAUAUUGUCCAGAAAUAUGGUCAUGGGAUUGCUAAAGUGGAAGAUUGUCAACUAAGCCCACAGGUUAAUCCUUCUGAAGAGUUCAUUUUUUCUGGCACAGAUAAUGGUCUGAAGACUAUGACAAGCACUGCUCCCCUGACAAUGAAACGAUUCAAGUAUCAUCUUGAGCUACGCGAUAAGUACAAAGCAUUGGAAAAUAUCGAUGAGUGUAAAGAAGAAGCUCAGAAAAUAGUGAGCAAGUAUAGCGGUGAAGAAUAUGAUGCAAACUCAUUUCUGCAGCUACCACCUUCUAUGGCAAUAAAGGCAGGCGAUAUAGAUAUUGGCUCAGGAUAUUAUAAUGUCCGAAGAAAGCUGGAAAAAGCAAAGAAGUCAGCAGAAGGCAAAGCAGUACAAGCCAUUGAAAAUAAUCUUUCAAAGUUAGACUUAAAGAUGGCAACAAGCGUUGAGCAAGCAAUGAAUAUACACCAGCAACGUGUCAGUAACCGUUUAGCUCAGAAAUUUUUAUAAUUCCAAAAAGAGAGUCAAAUUGAAAAGGACAUGUGAAAUACAAAACGACCACUUUCGAAGACGCUUGUAUGCGAAAGAAAGAACGUUUUUGAUAGGGAAGAAAGUAAAAGGUAGAAG